UUAGAAAUAAACAUCACCACCAACCACUUCUCAUGACACUACCAUCCCAAAUAGCGUGAACAGCAUCCUCUGCCCUGAGGAUGCUGACAAAAGACAGAAUUUGCAAGAAUGAAUAUGCUUGGCGUCAUGGGGGCUCAUACCCAACGAGAAGGUAUAUGAAGACCUAACAGGUCAAGAUGCCUUCCAUUGAGCACCAGCACCGAGUAGAGCACCUUCACCACAAACAAACUCAUAACAUCUAACAACACCAUCAAAGCUUGUCCAAUAUGUCAUCCACCAACGACUACCCCAAGCCCAUCUCCUUCACCAAGGAGUGGCACACCAAGCCCUACGCCUUCAUCUCGCCCUCGCGCCCCGAGCUCUCGGCGGCAGGCAAGAACGUGGUGAUCACGGGCGGAGGCAGCGGCAUCGGCAACGCCAUCGCCGUGGCCUUUGCCCAGGCCAGUGCCAAGUCCGUCUCCAUCCUCGGCCGUCGUCUGGAGACCCUGAAAUUGGGGGCGGAGAAAAUCACCACCGCGGCCACUGAAGCGCACACCUCGACUCAGGUCUUUUAUGAAACAGCCGAUCUCCGUCAGCGCAGUGCCGUCGACGAGGCCCUUGCUUCCAUUGUUUCUCGGGUCGGGAAGAUCGACAUCUUCGUCUCCAACGCGGGAACCCUACCUACGCCAGGGUUAAUCCGGGAGUACGACGUGGAGGAUUAUCUGGGAGGUGUGGUGGAGAAUAUUCGGAGCGCGCUGAAUGCUGUGCAGGGGUUUUUGGCCGUCGCGGGACCUGACCCCGUGCUGUUGAAUACUUCCUCAUGUCUAGCGAAUAUUGCCCCGAUGCCUGGUGUGAGCGGCUACGCGGUGUCGAAGGCCGCGGUGCUGAAGAUGAUCGAGUACGUCGCCGCAGAGAAUCCUUAUGUGCGCGUGGUGAGUGCCCAGCCCGGCUGGGUAGCGACGGAAGUCAAUGGCUAUCAGGCCGAAGCGCCGGAUCAAGCUGAAUUGCCGGGCCAGUUCUAUGUCUGGUUGGCUUCUGCAGAGGCGGAGUUCCUCAAGGGGAAGUUCGUGUGGGUGAAUUGGGAUGCGGAGGAGCUGGUGAAACGAGCCGAGGAGAUUCGGGGAUCCAAGCUCCUGAAUUGGAUUGUCGAGGGUGUGCCUAUGUAGAAGGGAUAGAA